AUACAGAUGGACCAUGUAAAAAAAGAACUAGAAAGUGUUUCUCAGAGAAGGAAAAAGACCUGUGAACCAGAAGCAAGUACCAUCACACACCAUGAAGUGAUAAAAAAUUCCAGGUUUCUAGGGUUAGCCAAGAGGCUUGGUCUGGAGCAUUACUAUCGAAGGAAGAUGGGCUGGGUAGAUUUCCAUCUGAUUUACCAGGUCUCUGUGCAUGACAGUCAGCCUGACACAGAAGAAAAAUUGACAUUUUAUUUCCUACAGAAGUUGUUGAUGCUGGAUUACCGACUGAGAUACUUGGUCUGUAAAGGUGAUAGAGACACAGUGGGCAGUGGCACACUGACAAAUCUUGAGAAUGACACUUCAGAUCCUUAUGGUGAUUUGUCUGAUGGUAAAACACCCCCUCUCCUCUUGUCCACAGGCCCGCCCCACAUUCACCCAAUGGACGCCCAGAUGAUGAUUUUUCACUGUGUAGAUGAUUUCAUGAGACAAUACAUUUCAAACAAACUUUCCAUUUGUCAAUUUGCCCUCCCCCUUGUGGUGCCCAAUCCCUGCACUUCUAUAAUAGAAUUCCCCCUCUGGUCUCUCAGCCAAAUCAAGAGAAGCUGGAGACAGGUGGAGAAAUCAUCAGGUGAAGACACAGUCAUCAAUUUUAAUAACCAGAUCAUCUCCCAGGCACCCAUCCCUAUAAUGUCCUUUAUAAGAGUUGUGAAUUCUGCUUCUUCUUCCAAAUCUCAGAUCUUGAACUCUCUGCUGAGUAAGCACAAACACGAUGCUUUUAACCACCAUCACUGCCAAGGCAGCAGUGAAUCCUGCCUCUUAAUGGGAGGUAUGGUAAAGAUCUCCUGGUUCUGUCCAGGGGGGAGAGAUGAGGACAGAUUAGAAAGGUGUGUUGCCUUCACCAGUCUGUGUGGAGAUGCCAAAGAUCAUGAGACACAGCUCAGAUUUCUGCUGGAAAUUGCUUCAGUCACAGUGGUCCUUGUGUCUGCUUCUGAUAAAAGUGAGAGGAUUGUCAAAAUGGUCCAUGACCUAUGGAUGUCAACAAAACCUUUGGUUUUGUUUGAUGACAAAGAGGAGAAUGUGUUCAAUGAUUCUGGGCAGAAAGUGAGCAUUGGGAUUAGGAAUAGAAAUGAGGCUGAAUUAAUGGAUGAACUCACAAGGGUCAUCAAUCACUUGCUGAAGUCUUCAGGUCCCUUUCUCAGUCUGGAAGACUGUGCUGAAGUUGUUCGGUGCCAUGGCCUUCUUGUAGAGGUGAACAGGAAGGAGUGUCAAGAGGCUAAGGGAAAGGCACAGGCUUUGCUGGCCCUCAUGAAAGAGAUGAAAUUGUCUGAAAUGAAGGAGAGAUUACUGCUCCUUCAAGGAGAACCUUGGCACCAGUGGUGUAAGAAGGGUAAGGAGCUUUGUCACUUGCGAGAGAAGGGGAACCGCAGUCUUGAACAGCACAAGAGUGAGAUUGAGACAGAAAAGCUAAUAAUGAGACAAGCACAGCUAAAGAGAGCAUUUCCUGUCAAUGAUUUGAUGCAAUCUGUGCUUGAAAUCCUCCAGGCUCACUCAGAGAAAGACAACGGCACUGAGCUGUACUUCCUACAGUGGCUGAGCAUGUUCAUGGACAACCUGACCAGAGGUCACCUGGAAAAACUGCAGAAGAGGUACAACCAAUUGCGGUCCCUGGUGUUGGCAAAAAACCGAAAGGGAUCCAAGAUUACCACCUAUAAACAACACCAAGAGGAACUACAAGCUGUCUCUAAGGAGAUCAGGGAUUCCUCCUUGGGUAUUGAUCAUCUCCUGAGGGAGGUUGGCCAGAUCUAUGAAUCUUUGGAAGAAGCUUCAUCCCAAAUGGACACUUUGUUCUCCUCCCUUCCUCAAAUUGCUGCUGACAUGAUGGUUUCUGGGUAACCCCUUGAGCUGAUGGAUGGGGAUGCUUCCUAUGUCCCCCUGAAGUGGGUAGCAGCUGUUUUUGACAGAUUGAUUGAGAAAAUUGGAGACCAAAAGCUCUUUGUUCUCUCUGUUCUUGGCCUCCAAAGCACAGGGAAGUCAACUCUGCUGAAUGCUAUGUUUGGCCUGCAGUUCAAUGUCAGUGCAGGGAGAUGCACACGAUGAGCUUACAUGCAGUUGCUGAAGGUGGAAGAAACUCUCUGGGAAGAGCUGGGCUUUGGCUUUGUCCUUGUGGUUGACACUGAAGGACUCCGGGACCCAGAACUUACUGGUAAAUCACAGAAUUGGGACAAUGAGCUGGCAACUUUUGUUAUUGGACUUGCAAACCUGAUGAUCGAUAUAUUUGGAGAGAAACCUUCAGAAAUGGAAGAUAACUUGCAAAUUGCUGUCCAGGCCUUUUUGAGAAUGAAACACGGGAACAUUUCCCCAAGCUGUCUCUUUGUGCAUUACAAUGUGGGGGAAAUCACUGCCAAAGAUCAAAACAUGUAAGCAAGAAGGCGACUGCAGCAGAGACUGGAUGAAAUGGCAGCCACGGCUGCAGAACAGGAACAGUGCUCAGAUAUUACCAGCUUCAGUGAUGUCAUUCAGUUUGAUGUCAACACACAUGUCCAUUACUUUGCUCAUCUAUGGGAAGGGGAUCCUCCAAUAGCCCCUCCCAAUUCCAGUUAUAGCCACAACAUCCAGGAAUUAAAAAGAGGUAUUCUCUUGGCUGCCAAAAAAGAAUCCAAAGGCAGCAUCCUGAAGAUGUCUGAGGUGACAGUCCGGAUCCAUGAUUUGUGGAAAGCCUUGCUGAGUGAAAAAGUCAUCUUCAGCUUUAGGAAUACCAGGGAGAUUGUGGCCACGAUCAAACUUGAGACUAUGUAUAACAACUGGACCUGGAACCUAAGAAGUCUUGCUUUGGGUUUGGAGAACCAACUGACCAAUCAGAUUCAGAAUGGGGAAAUUCAGGAUCUGCCAAGAAUUUCUAUUGAGGCUAACAUUGCAGAAAAGUAUGAAGCCAUCAGGCAAGAGCUUCAAAGAUAUUUUGAUGAAGACCAAGAGAAUGAAAUCCUGAUCCAGUAGAAGGGAAACUUUGAGAACAAACUGAGAAAUCUUAAAGAGGUACUUGUUUCAGAAAUCAUUAGAAAGUCCAGAGAUUUCCUUAGUUCAAGGAAAAGUCAAGAUAAACUGGAUAAAAAGAAAUCGGAAUAUGAAAAGGAGCUGUUGUGAAGAAGCAGAGAUGUGGCUCUGUCACUAAUGGGUAGAGAAUUAAGUGAGGAGGAGCUGAGAGAGACAUUCAGUGUACUUUAGACUAAGUGGGUCUGUGAAGUAUCCUCAGUGUUCCCUCCUGCUGAAGACUGCAAUAUUGAGGUAGAUUUGGAGUAUGUCUUUCUGAAUUAUUUUAAACAGGAGCACAACGUGGCAAGCAAACUUGAAGAUUAUUCCAGAGAAAAAACAUUUUCCAUUGAUUAUGGUAAACAUGUCUCAAUGAAAAUAAAAUAUAAAAUUUUCAGAUCCUCCUUAGCAGAGAGUGAUCAGAGGACCAUAAUGCAAAGUACUGAAAACAUAUUCUCAUUGGUCACUGAAACUAUUGAUUGUAAGUUCAGAAUUGGAAUGGAUUAUGACGUAAGUUACUUCCAUGAAAUAAGGACUGAUGGGGCAUGGUACAGAUUUACAAAUGAAUAUAAAACAGAUUUGUCCUUAUGUUUAUGCCAUAAAGCAGCAGCUAAAUUUAAGGAAAUACACAUAGCAUUCAAGAGGGCACAUGAUCCUGUCACAUAUCUAGAAUACAAGAGAGAAGAUUUCUUUACGAGUUUUAAGAUUUCCUGCCAGGGUGCAACCUCUAUCACAGCAUUUGCAGACUUCCUGUGGAGCAAGCUCACUGCUUCCCCACCCAUAGCCAUUUGGAAAAAGGUAGCCCUCGACCUCGCUGGGGAGAUUAGGGCUAAAUGUUCCGCUUUCAAUGGAAACCGAUCCAAUCUGGAGAAACACAUUCUCAUCUCUCCGGCUGAGGAAGAAAAGUUUGAGAAUUAUUGGGAAUACAUUCAUAUGCCAAAACAAUUUUUUAAGAAGUACAUUGAGAAAGAGAUCCAAGCAUACUGCAUAGGUACAGGAAAUGAGAAAUUGAAGAAUUUUUUAAGUAAUAUUUUGGAAUUUUUUAAGAAAGUCAUCCUCUCUGCUAUUUGUGGGUCAACUCUGGUGGCUAAGGACCAAAACAAUUCUGCAUCUGUAUGGCUAGACACAUUGUGUAAUCACCUUACAUGUCAUUUGACUCUUCCAAGAGGAGACUUAAAAAGCAUUGAACACCAGGAGAUAACUGACAUUGAAUUCCUCAAGGAAGCCAUGGAUGAAAACCUGGAUACCAGAAUGCAAAAGGUAGGAGAGGCCUAUGAUAUUACAUCUCUUUUAGAGAACAUUGUAGUUGAGAUCCAGACCAUGCUCUCUGCUCAGCUCAGUGGCUGUUGGAAGCAAUGUCCCUUUUGCAAAGCAGUUUGUACAAAUACAGCCAUAAAUCAUGGUGAGCACCACAGUGUCCCUUUUCAUCAUUCUCACACUGUCAUUGGCACAAACUGGUACAAUAAUAAUGAGUUUUCAAUUGAUUUCUGUACUAGCUAUGUGGCAAGUGAUAUUCUAUUUGUUCUUGAUGAUGGUAAGAAAGUCCCAUAUAAGACUUACCAUGAGGCAGGUGGUGAAUUUGCCACAUGGAACAUUACUCCAGACACAUCUUCUCAGCCAUACUGGAAAUGAUUUGUGUGUCACUUCAGGUCCCAAUUAGAAGAUCAUUACAAUUUCAAAUUCAAGGGCAGGGGUCAGCUUCCUGAUGCAUGGUUCAGAAUCACCAGGGAAGAUGUGCUGAAUGACCUGAAUAAAUAA